CCCUAAGCCUAAGCCAUGUUCACACACGAGCCGGGGCAGCAGCCUUCUGCCCUUGUGAUUUGGCGCACAGAGCCUGCGACUUCCCCACUGCCGGCGGCCGCACAGACGCGAUUGUGUAAUAGAAACUGGGAGGGAAUCCAGAGAAACCGAGAAACGAAAGUGAAGUCCUGGGAGAAGAGGCUGCGGCUGCACCCGGACUCCUCCGCCAUGUCCCCGCCGGACACCUGCGCCUUCUGCCAAGCGGCAGAGGAGGACGAAGUGACCGGAGAGAUGCAGAGGACUCCGGACGGGACGGUAGUGGCGCACUACAACUGCAUGCUAUACUCCCCGCAGGUGAUAUCAAUAAAUUCACAAGAGGAUAUACAAGGAUUUAAUUUUGAUAUUGGCUCUGUACAAAGUGAAAUAAAAAGAGGGCAAGAGCUGAGAUGUAAUUUAUGUAAGAAGCGAGGAGCGACUGUCGGCUGUGAUGUCAAAUCUUGUAGGAGAACAUAUCACUAUCCGUGUGUACUAAAAGCUAAAGGUUCUUCUAGUCCCAAAAAAUUUGUUGUACAUUGUUUUUACCAUACAAGGGAAAGAAAAAAUGCUAAUGACUCAAAGGACAUCCAUGGAAAAGCUAAAAAGUGUAUACAGAGAUACAACAAGAAAAGGUGGCAGAAAAUGGUUGGUAAAGUAAGGAAGAACAAUAUAAAGAAGCAGCAUGAUGAUAGUGCUGCCAUGCAGAAUGUGCACCCCGAAGAACAGUCAGAAGACAACUUCAUUUUAGCUAUUCAUUCAACUGUUGAAAUAGAAGACAGUGAGGAAGCUCUCCCCUCCUCGUCUGGCCAACACAUGAGCUCGGGCACAGCUUUAGAAGAAAGUGGCACAGCUUCAGAAGAAAGUGGCACAGCUUCAGAAGAAAGUGGCACAGCUUCAGAAGAAAGUGAUUCUAUACUGAAUCCAAAAGUGAAUAAAGUUUUCUCUCUCAGUGGAUUUCCAAAAAGAAAAAAGUAUCGUUCAAAGAGGAAACGUAAUGAGAAGCUUGAAGAGAUUCUGCAGACUAUGGCAUCAGAGGAGAAGGCAGCUUUAUCUCAAAUGUAUUCUGAGCUUGGAGGGUCACAGCAGAGUGUAACUAUAGAAAUGACUGCAAACCAGGACCAUCGAAAUGAUAACUUGGCUGUAGAAGAUUCACUGGAUAGUGAUGUCACUGAUAACUCGUCAUGUUCCGGCAAUAUAGAUAUAGACAAGACUCCAGAGAGACUGCUUGCUAAUCCCUCAAGACGCUCUACUGAGGAAAACCAUUUCAUAGGAGAAGACCCUGAUCGUUUACAAGAUGAGGAAACACCAGACAGAAUGUCAGCUCAUUUUUCUAAAAGAAGAAAGACAACAAAUGAUAUUUGGUCCUCAGGCAGCAAUAGAGAAGACAGGUCGUGUAGGAGUACAUUGGAUGUACCUUCAUGCUCAGCUAAUUUUACCCAGAGUGUGGCACCUCCUCUAGGUAUGUCAGAUGGCAUUAAGCUUCCUACUCAGCAGAUACACUCUACCAACAGAAAGGAAAAGCUCCUCUCCGAAGGCUGUACAGAUGCUAAGAAAUCCACAAGGCCUGAUACUUCAGAGGGAUGUUCAUCACAUGUUUUGAACGUAGAACCAGCUAGGGACCUUGGCGUACAAGAAAGUUCAGAAACACAACCGUCGGAGGAUCUUUCUGUGACAGAACCAGAAUCACCUUCCUGCUCUCCUUUUAUCCUGGAGAGAGAUGGGAACAAGGUCGACGUGUCUACCAGUGUCAGUGAUGCCGCAUUGGAGAAAAUGGAAAAUAACAGUAAAACUCUGUGGAGUGCACCAAACGGACAGAACAGAGGAACCGUUUCUAAUAUACUCAGUCCUCAACAGAGAAACUCUUUGCCAAGUAAACUAGAAAUUCUUUCUCAACACUUGCGGAGCCAUAUUCUUAAGAUACAGAGUACUAUAGAGACUUCAAAAAGAAAAACAGCCGAGAAUGCAGAACACAGCAAAGCUGACACACAGAACCAACUUCAUGCUGCUCCCCAACUUCAAUCAAAUAUUGAAUCUACAAUAUUGAGCCCAGGAACAUCUGAACGCCAGGCCACCUCUGAAGGAUCACCAAGCCCAAACAGAAAAGAUCAACCUGCUGACAAUUAUCUGCGUGAACCUUUGGAAAAUCAGAAAAGUUCAGCUUUUAAACUUCUCACAGGUAUUCCCAAUGAAAAAAUAAAUCUUGUGUGUCAAGAAAGAAGUGAAUCCAUUACCUCAAGGAGAAAUCUAUUCCCGGAGCUCUUGCCAAACAUGAAUCUCCAACAAACAGAAGGAAACUUAAAUGAAAACCUGGAGAUUCCUGAGGAACAAGUUGAAUCUAAUCUUGAGGAAACUGCGCUGGUGGAAGAACCAGUAACACCAGGAUCAGUAUCAUCUGAAUGUGUAGAGGAACACCAAUCUGGGCCUUCAAGGAUGGUCACACCAUAUAGAAGGCGGUUGCGUAGGUCACUCCACAGGAGUAAAAGCCGGAGAGGUUUUCAACGUGAAGAUCUGGAUGACUUGGAUGGAUUUGGCAGUGCAGUUGCAGGCCAGUGUCGGCGUAUGCCAACGGACAGACAAACCAAAUACAUGUCAUAUGUUCUUGCUUCUGCAGACUUAUUUUGCACACAUCCAAUUCUGCCUGAACUCGACAUUUUAAUAACCAACCUUAGGACUGUGUUGGAAAGAUCUCAGCCGUCAACACCAUGUAGUGGUUGUGGUUCAUCAGGUUACUAACAGGUUUUUCAGUUUUGUUCUUUUAUAUUUUAUUUUUACAGUGAAAGUAUGACUUGUAUUCUAUUUUUAAUGGAUUUUGGUACAUCAUAAACAACAUUUGGAAAAUUAGUCACUCAGUAGGCAGGCUACAUAUGUGAAAUAGUACUAGAGAAGGUACAAUUACAAUCAAUUAUGUCAAUGAUGAUCAAAAAUGUAAACCAGUGUCCCCUAACCAGUCACAUGUAACUUGUCAGUUCCUUGCACAAUUUAUUAAUUUAGGCCUUUCUUACUCCAGCACAAAAUGAAAUGCCAUCCGUGAUAAAUUCCCCCCACUGAGUAAAUAUCCACAGUGUAGGAGAAAAAAAUAAAUGAACCCUUGACUGUAAUAACAUUUAGAUCCCCUUCAUCCAUUAAGCCCCCAAAAUAAGCCUAUGGCAUACAUACGGUGACCCGCUGGUUCACUGUUAAAUGGGUUAAUGAUAUGAUUCACACCUUAAAGCUGUUAAAUUUUUACUAGGAUAAUCUGUGCACUACGCAUUCAAAAAUGUAACAUAUAGGUAGGAAAUAGUUAACUGGCAAGUCUUAGUGUAGUUGCCAGGAGACAGGCUGGCCCAGCCCCUUUGCUGUGUUGUGGAUGGUUUACAGACCAGUCUGGCUGUAUGUCUAGCAGCAUCUUAUCUUAUCUGACCCCAGCCUUGGAGCGUAGCUGGAGGCUGUGAUUUGUGAUGCUGCCCAGUAGACCUGAGAACUUUUAUCCAGGAAAACACAAUUCCUAAGAGUGGAAAACUGCCAGAAAGCAACUUCACUAAGGAUUAUUCUUUGAGGGAAGGAAUCAUUGAAUAUUUACAGAUGGUUGAGUGCCAAAAAAGGCCAUGCUGGACUGAGACAGUGAGAUAAACACACAUUUAUGGCAAUAGAAUUUACUUCAUGUGGAAAGGGUUAAUUGCUUGUGGAGCCCACCGCACUUCUGAGAUGUACUGGCCAAACGAUUUAUGGCUGUAUCCCACAGACUGAACCAACACUGUAUCCCACAGACUGAACAUUGCAGAAGGUAUAUUGAGAGUGAUUGCACACCUAUGAUGAAAUGGGGAAGAUUGCUAGUAUCUAUAGAAAGAGACUCAGAAAGGAUGAUCAUGACAGCCAUUUCCUAUAUACAGCCCUUUGGAGAAAGCUCUUCUGUGAGAUACUUGAAAACUGUAUCUAUUCCUUGUAUUUGUACUGCAAUCAUCAUCAUUAAAGAGUAAAGAGACUGUUCCUUGUUAUAAUCAAGCCAGAUCUGGUCAAUGCCUCCAGAAUUUGCUAGCCUUUGCACUGUCCUCCUUCCUUGCACCUCGCCACCCACAAAUCCGCCAUAAAGGGCACUCCAGCCACCACCACCAGGCAGGAGACCCCAAAACUCCAGGAUGUGCCACGAGGGGAAGAACGGUUGUGCCCCUCCAGCCACUGCAUCCCCGGCCCAGGGAGAACUGGAGAAGAACUAGCCACUGUGAGUAACCGCCCAUUGCUCUCACCACCACUUCCAUCCUCUGCAACGCCACCAUCAUGCCUCCCAGGAAGUCCAGAGUGCUGCAUAUGUUCCCCCCCCCCCCCCCCCCCGAACC